CCCAUGAGCUCGGCCCUCAGCCGCAAGCUGGAAGACGUCAGCAAGCGCUCUUUGCAGCACUCGGCUAGUAUGCCUGUCAUGAGGAACACUCCCUCAUUCAAGUCAUUUGAGGAGAAGGUGGGAACAUGGAAGAACAAGAUGAGCCCGUCGGAGAUCGAUGCCAGCGAGCAGAUGAACGUUCCCGACGACGCAGAGGCUCAGCACCAGGACACGCCCACCAACCUAGACACACCCUUGCAUUGACCUUGUGACCCCCCCAUCCCUUGACCUUUGAACCUCCCACAUUGUCACCCCUCUACAAGUCUUUAAAGGUGACAGCAACAUGCCUUCGUUAAAACCGCGAAACCUCUUGACAUCGCUUUUUGCCGCCACACGCUCCCUCGGCUUAACAGCGCACGCACACACAUUUUAGUUCACUUUCGGGGCCAAAUCAGCUUUAUUUAUCUAAGUUUAAAACAUUCACGCAUGCAUGCAUGCACGCACACACAGUAUGUGGAGUGAAGCUAAAGUGAACAUUGGAACACUCUUGGUUAAGGUUGCUUUGUUACUAACCAGACACUGUAAAACUAUAAACUUAUUGUUUAACAGUGACACUGCCUGACUUUCAAAAUAAAAUACUUUUUCCUCAGUGCGCUUAAAGAUAUUUUUAAUACAAGUCUCUCAUGGAUUUUGUUGAAAAGAAAUAAAAAUAUUAAACUGCUC